AGUUAAUUUGAAUUGACAUGAGUUUUAAAAUGUAUUAAUAGUUCAAAUAUGUACAAGUAUGAUAUUACGCGUUGUUUAAACGCGACUAGUUCUUAAAAAUGGAAAGCAUCUCUGAAUGCUAAGUGCUACAUGGCUGCUGAGUAAUGAACAGAAGUAAUGAGUGGUGAAGUUUCCAACCCUGCAGCCACACCCACGCCUUGUCAGGACAUACAGGGAGAUGGUCGAUGGAUAUCACUGCACAAUCGAUUUGUGUCAGACAGUAAAGGAAAGGAGCCAGAUGUUCUGUUUGUUGGAGACUCACUUGUCCAGCUUCUGCAUGAGUUUGAGAUUUGGCGAAAACUGUUUUCUCCUCUCCAUGCCCUGAACUUUGGAAUCGGUGGGGAUGCUACACAGCAUGUACUGUGGAGACUUAGCUGUGGAGAAUUGGACCACAUCAGCCCCAAGGUGGUAGUGUUGUGGGUGGGAACUAAUAAUCAUGGGCACACCCCAGAACAAAUCUGUGGAGGCAUCAUGGCCAUCAUCGGUGUGAUUCAUCAGAAGCUGCCCAAUGCUCACACUCUUGUAUUGGGGUUGCUGCCGAGAGGUAACAGUCCAAACCCAAUUCGUGAGCGUAACAAGAGUGUGAAUGCUCUAGUGCAGUCAGAGGUCGAAUCUCUGUCUCAUGUCUCUUUGCUGGACAUAGACCCUGGGUUCAUUCAAGCAGAUGGUUCCAUCUCACGUCAGGACAUGUACGAUUAUCUGCACCUCACGCCAGCGGCCUACCAGAGGGUGUGUGCACCCUUACAUGAACGUAUCAAGUCUCUGUUAGAUAAACAUGCUCACUGAACACAAACAAAUAUUAACACAAGAAAAUGCAGCAUAACCAUCUUCAUCCUGUGCAACAGAAUCGAUGUCUUAAUGUUUAUGUUCUACAAUUAGAGCCCUUACUGAGUUUUAAACCCCUCAGAAAACAUGACUGUUUAAUGGACACUUACACCACACACAAUGUCACAAGCUUUCCAUCAUUAUGUGUUACUAUGUCCUUGCUACUACAUAAUAGAUUUUUCUGUUCAUCUUGUGCUAAUAGAGCCUGCCUAAUAUUCUAUUCCACUCAAUGUACUGUGUUUAUGCAAAAUGGUUAAUACAUUCCAGAGCUCUUCACAGACAUAAAAACUGGCAAACCAGAAUAUUUUGCAUUGAAAUGUUGAUCUCUUAUGACCUCUGAUGGGUAAUGGUUAUUGCAGUGUAAAUGAGGACUGCAUGCUGCUAUCAUGUUUUGAGUGACGUAAAGUUUAGUUUGUUCCUUGUAUAGAAACACAGAUUUCACAAAAGCAUGCUAUAUUGAUUUCUUGCUCGUCAGAUGUCGAGAAAUACUCACUGAAAGAAACAAUACAGUCUAAUGUUUUCAGUUCUCCUUUGCUGAGCCUGCAUAGUUCCCAUAGGCUCUUUUCUGGGAAAAGAAUAGUUUAUUCACACAAGGUUAUGAUGCCUUGACUCUAAAGUGAAUCCAUGAGAUUGUUUUGGACACACUCUUUGCUGGAGAAGUAGUAUGAUGAACACUGAUUUAGCUUGUCUAUGCCAAUGAAUUUGUACAGUGUUUUUUUUAUUUUUCUUAAUUUGUCUCUUCCAUGUUUGCCCAAUAUAUUUUGCAUUAGGUUUUUGUUCUUUUUUUUUUUAAUGUCAUAUUUCACAGCAGGUGAAUUGUGUGUACUUUAGGCACCCUGGGUAUCUGAAAGAUUUACAUGUGGAUGAAAUGCUGAUAGAGAGGUAUGUGUGUGGGUGGUCUGUGCAUGGCUCAAUUUAAAGCCAUAAUAUUUAUCUGUAAAUCUGUAUUCAAUCUCAAAUAAGCAAAUCAUAUUGUAAGGGGAAGAUCACCAUAUCUGUAUUAGCUAGAGCUAUGAAAGCUAGUUGUCAACAGUCAGUUUUAAUAGUUACAUGUAUGAUUCCUCUGUUUCUUAGUCCUGGUGUUUGUAUUCAUUUUGUUAACAUUAAAUAUCUUGCAUUAGUCUUGAAUAAUGGUCUGGGAAUUGCAUCUCAAAAUCACCUGAAAUCUCAUUCUGAAGAUGGCUUUCUGGCACUUUUAUGUCUUUGUGUCAAUACUGGAAUAAAGUCUGAAAA